AGUCGUCAACUGAUACAACUCCAGAAUCAUCCACUGACUCAACACCAGAGUCUUUAACUGACUCAACACCAGAGUCGUCAACUGACUCGACACCAGAAUCUUCAACUGAUACAACUCCAGAAUCGUCCACUGAGUCAACCCCGGAAUCAUCCACCGACUCAACUCCAGAAUCGUCUACUGAGUCAACACCAGAAUCAUCCACUGACUCAACUCCAGAAUCGUCAACUGAGUCAACACCAGAGUCGUCAACUGACUCAACACAAGAGUCGUCAACUGACUCAACACCAGAGUCUUCAACUGAUUCAACUCUAGAAUCUUCAACUGAUACAACUCCAGAGUCGUCCACUGAGUCAACCCCGGAAUCAUCCAAGUCUUCAACUGACUCAACUCUAGAGUCUUCAACUGAUACAACUCCAGAGUCUGCAACUGACACAACUCCAGAAUCUUCAACUGAUACAACUCCAGAGUCGUCCACUGACUUAACACCAGAGUCGUCAACAGACUCAACACCAGAGUCUUCAACUGACUCAACUCUAGAAUCUUCAACUGAUACAACUCCAGAUUCGUCCACUGAGUCAACACCGGAAUCAUCCACUGACUCAACUCCAGAGUCGUCUACUGACUCAACACCAGAGUCUUCAACUGACUUAACACCAGAGUCGUCAACUGAUACAACUCCAGAAUCGUCCACUGACUCAACACCAGAGUCUUCAACUGACUCAACACCAGAGUCGUCAACUGACUCGACACCAGAAUCUUCAACUGAUACAACACCAGAAUCGUCCACUGAGUCAACCCCGGAAUCAUCCACUGACUCAACUCCAGAAUCGUCUACUGAGUCAACACCAGAAUCAUCCACUGACUCAACUCCAGAAUCAUCAACUGACUCAACACCAGAGUCGUCAACUGACUCAACACAAGAGUCGUUAACUGACUCAACACCAGAGUCUUCAACUGACUCAACUCUAGAAUCUUCAACUGAUACACCUCCAGAGUCGUCCACUGAGUCAACCCCGGAAUCAUCCACUGACUCAACUCCAGAAUCGUCUACUGA